AUGCCCAUCGAUUUUUCAUAUCAAAGCAAAUCAAUUUUAACCAAACAUUACUCUUCCAAGUUCCAUUCUCCUCGUAAUAAUGGACAUCUCCUCUCUUACUUCCUACUAUUUGUUUUAGGACUAUUCCCAAGUCUAUUACUUCACCCCCUUAUUGUUCAUAAGUUCGGUUCUGGUGCUCGUAGGCAGUCGAAACGCAGCAAGCCAUUACCCCCCGAACCAUCCGGUGCAUGGCCUUUGAUAGGGCACCUCCAUCUCCUGUGGGGAGGAGAGCCCGCUUUCAGGAAGCUUGCAGCCAUGGCUGACGGAUGUGGGCCCGUCUUCUCCCUCAAUAUCGGCCUCCAAAGGCUGGUGGUCGUGAGCAGCCCCGAGGCCACGAGGGAGUCCUUGAGCGUGAACGACAGGGUUCUGGCCAGUCGGCCCAAUAUUGCAGCAGGACGGUACAUGGGGUAUGAUAAUGCCAUCUUUGCGCUGGCGCCUUACGGGGCAUACUGGCGCGAAAUCCGAAAAAUUGCCGCCCUCGAGCUCCUCUCAAGCCACCGCCUCCAGCGGCUCCUCCACGUUAGGGUCUCAGAGAUAGCCUCCUUCAUGGCGGAUCUCCUCUCCCGCUCCCGACACAACAAUCUAGUUAUUCCCAUUGACAUACAGUUCGAGCACCUAACUUUCAACAUAAACCUGAGGAUGAUUGCAGGGAAGAAGUUCGCAGACACCGAGUUCGGCAAAACUGGAUCAGACGCCUGGCGGUUCAGGAGAGCAAUUGAGAGCGCCCUAUACCUCAGCGGGACGUUUGUCCUGUCUGACGCAAUCCCGUGGCUUGAGCCGGCAGAUAUUCAAGGACACGUGAGGGCUAUGAAGGCGACGGCGAAGGAGAUCGACUAUGUCCUCGACAAGUGGCUAAAGGAGCACAUUGAGAGGAGGAAAGGUGAAGAAGAAGAAGCUGAUGAUUUCAUGGAAGUUCUGCUCAAGAGCUUGCCGGAGAGUGACGACAUGUUCUAUGGGCAUGAACGCGAGAGGGUCAUCAAGGCUACUGUCCUGAUUCUCAUAAUGACCGGUUCGGAGAGCACGGCAUUGACUAUGACAUGGGCUGUGGCAUUGCUACUGAACAAUCCCAGCACCCUAAUACAUGCUCAAGAAGAGCUAGACAGAGUCGUAGGGCGAGACCGGUGGGUCCAAGAAUCGGACAUCGAAAGCCUGAAGUAUCUCCAAGCCAUCGUGAAAGAGACUCUCCGCCUCUAUCCACCGGCUCCAUUGACGGGUCUCCGGGAAGCCAUGGAGGAUUGUCACAUUGGUGGUUAUCGCGUUCCCAAGGGUACGCGUGUUUUAGUCAACAUAUGGAAACUCCAGAGGGAUCCCGCAAUCUGGUCUGACCCUGAUGGGUUCCGACCCGAGAGGUUCUUGAAAGAGCAUAAGAACGUCGAGGUCAGAGGACAGAGUUUCGAGUACAUCCCAUUCAGUUCCGGGCGGAGAUCGUGCCCUGGUGCCACAUUUGGACUCCAGGUUGUUCACUUGAUGCUGGCUCGCAUGCUACAAGGUUUCGACAUGACAAUCGCUGGGGAUGGGCCGAUCGACAUGGGUGAAGGCCAAGGCAUCGCACUACCUAGGGCGAGCCCUCUCAGGGUUGUCCUGAAACCACGCCUCGAUUUGCCACUUCACGGAUGAAGUGAUGCUUAGCAAUCAUAGCAUCCCUAGUAAUCGGGUCAAAUGGAUAUAUUAAUCUCCUCCGCUCGCUUCUCUCAUCUUGUCUGUCCAAAAUGAUUUGGACGUAGGAGACUCUUAUGAUAAUAAGAUCGGAAGCACAUUACUUAUUGGACAGACUGCACUAAGAAUUAUGUAUUGAGUAUUUUUAUAGUCGGGUUUUA